AUUUGCUGGAGACUAGGCGAUUCUUUGGUGUAAAAAUGGUUUGAACAUGUCUAAAAGAAGAAGAAAUUUAAAUCAACUUUAUCCCAACCCUUUGCCUAUAAAUGUGUACCAGUUUCCGGUUUUAUUCCCACACAAUUUGAUCUCGUGGAUUAGCUACGCGUAUUCUUACUAUAGAUUUGUCACUGCAUCGCCAAAGCUAACUAAGUCAGAUGUCUUGAUUGUUGAAGGCAACAUUCAUCAGGUCAAGGAUGAGCAGGACCAAAAAAGACUCUGGUGCAAUGGGUUUUUUGGAAAGGGCAUUCUCAGCAGAAGUGAGCCCACAUGGCAUGAAAGAACUUUGGUUAGAUUGGGCUUAAAAGAGAAUGCUGCUUAUAAUAGCAAUAAUAAAAACCGAAACAAAAGCAAAAAUAGAGAUAAAAAGAAUUUGGCGUCUGAAGAUAUUACAAAGCUUAGAAGAAAUGAAAGAAACUUAUAUAAAAAGCAAAGAGAAAAACUAGAACAAGAAGAGGUCCAACUUAGAAAACAAUUGGAUUUGGCAAGAGAAAGUGUCGAUGAAAGAAAAGUUGUUCAAGCUAAAUUAGAUAAGUUAAAGGAAUUGAAACUAAAAGUUUCCGAUGAACAAAAAACCUUGAUUAAGGAAAUAAAUGAGGAAAUUAAAGAGCUAAGACCAGAAGACAAGAAACUAAUCAAUGCUAAGGAACACGAUGUCAAUCAAUUGGAGUAUUUACAACUUAUGCCGGUUGAAACAUUUUUCUUAUCAUUUUCGUUGGGCUGUGUUAACGUUUAUGAAAAGAAGGAAAUUUUUCUCAAGUUGCUUUCGACGACUGAAUUGUUUUUGAAAUCUGUUAAAAGCUUAAAAGCAGAUGAUAAGUUUAUAAUGAAAUAUGUUGUCUAUCAUAAUUAUCGAUCCAAAGGCUGGUGUGUGAGAUCUGGUAUUAAAUUUGGUUGCGAUUUCCUAAUUUAUAACAAAGGACCCCCCUUCUCUCAUGCCGAAUUUUGUUUAAUUGUGUUGCCCAAUUAUGUUGAUGAAUCUAAAAAUCGACAUGUUAGCAAGAAAUUCAGCUUGCUAAGUGGAAUUAACAGAGUCAUUGGCGGUGUUAGAAAAUCAAUGAUCUUAGUUUAUGUUAAUAUCCCAGAAGAUGAGCAAUUUAAUAGGGUCAUUAAUAACAGAAAUGAGAAUGAUCUGAUUGAUUUUGAGAAAUUGUUCAAAUUGUAUAAAGUGACAGAAAUUAUGUACAGCAGAUGGCAACCAAGCAGAAACAGAGAUUAGAAAUUUUUAUAUAUAACUGAUUUUAUAUUAUAAUACAUAUGUAUAUAUACUUAAAUUAAUCAAAUUAAUAUUUAUUAGAAUAGUAAAAUGCUAUACCACCGUU